AUGAAGCCUUUACGAACCAUCCUGCAACCUGCCGCCGCAAGACCCUACAUAUGCAACAAUUGCCUCUCCCGCACUCUUUCCCGCAAAUACUCCACCAAUCCUCCCAAGCCACCAACAAAAGGCUACACCCUGCUCCCCACCCGCCGACUCCUCUCUCUCAGCGGCCCCGACGCAACGCAUUUCCUACAAGGCGCAAUAACGGCCAAUGUCUCGUCCUCGACGUCCAAUCCGCGGCUCAAUACCGGGUUCUAUGCUGCGUUCCUGAAUGCGCAGGGUAGGUUGUUGAAUGAUGUUUUUGUGUUUAAGGACAAGAGAGAGGGGGUAGAUGGAUGGUUGGUGGAGGUUGACGGACAGGAGGUGGAGAGGUUGGCGAAGCAUGUGAAGAGAUAUAGGUUGAGGAGCAAGUUUGAGGUUAAGGUGUUAAGCCAGGAGGAGAUGGGAGUAUGGAGUGUGUGGGAUGAGGAGGGAGGGUGGACGGCGCAUUCGUUGGGUGGGGGUGGGGGUGAGGGAACGGGAGAGGGGAGGGAGAUUGGGUGUGAGGAUUUGAGGGCGCCAGGCAUGGGGAGGAGGGUCGUUUUCCCUGCAGGGAAGCGGCCGGAUGUUGAGAUGGAGGAGAGUGAUGAGGAGGCGUAUAGGAUCAGGAGGUAUUUGAAGGGGGUACCGGAAGGGCAGGACGAGCUUAUAAGGGAGCAUGCUCUGCCCCAAGAGAGCUGUGCGGAUUUCAUGGGUGGUAUCGACUAUAGGAAGGGUUGCUAUGUUGGGCAGGAACUAACGAUUCGAACACAUCAUACGGGCGUGGUGAGGAAGAGAGUUCUGCCCGUUAUGAUAUAUGGGAAAGACGAAACUGAGCCAGCUUGGUUAGAAUAUGACCCUGAGAAGGACUACGGGGUUGAGGGAAUUCCAAGAGAUACGAGCAUUGGUCGACUAGAAAAAAGAGGAAGAAGUGCUGGGAAGUUCUUGGCUGGCGUGGGAAACAUCGGACUUGGUCUGUGCAGGUUGGAGACGAUGACUGAUGUACAAGUACAGGGAGCAGCUGGAGGCUACAAGGAAGGAGACGAAUUCAAACUGGAAUGGGAAGCCGAGGGAAGUUCUGAGAUGGUCAAGGUAAAGGCAUUUGUACCUUCCUGGCACCUCAAGCAAUAG